GUCAAACAGGAAAAUGUCAUGUCUUCACACCGGCUGCAUUCUCCCAAAGCAUCGUAAUCCUCGUCUUUAAAACGAAAUCGAAAAUCAUAAUGGGGAAUUAUGGAAAGAGGAACUGAGCUCAAGAAAAACGCUGUCACGAGUUUAUUUGGUAUUUUGGAGACACCAAAGGUACUGUACAGUGACACGUGUGCUCUUCUAAAAACACCCAGCUUGAUUGAAGUGCUCUCUUAUUUGUUUGAGACUAUCUCUUACAGGAUGAGAGGAAUUGUUGGAUUUUACAUUACCUAUCUUCUGUGUCUGAUUUUGGGGAUCGCCUGUGUGGUAUUAGUAGUUCACUGGAAUUGCAUGUAUCGAGAUGGAUUUGCAUGGGACGGCUCAUCUAAGAACUUCAACUGGCACCCCGUGUUCAUGGUCACUGGCAUGCUGGUACUUUAUGGGAAUGCGGCCGUAGUGUACCGUAUUCCACUGACGUGGGGUCACAAUAAGCUCCCCUGGAAGCUGCUACAUGCUGGUCUUCUGCUCCUUUCUUUCAUUUUUUCUGUUAUCGGACUUUGUGCUGUGUUUAACUUCCACAAUGUAAACCACACAGCCAACCUUUAUUCUCUCCAUAGCUGGGUGGGGAUUUGUACCGCUGCACUUUUCACAGCACAGUGGGUCUUGGGAUUUACCUCAUUUCUCUUACCUUGCACCCCAAUGGCCGUACGUACUCUUGUAAAGCCAACUCAUGUUUGGAUGGGAGCAAUGAUCUUGGUAUUGAGCAUUGUGUCCUGCAUCUCAGGGAUCAAUGAAAAGCUCUUGUUUGUACUAAAAGGAAACACCAAUGGGACAAAGCCUUAUUCUGCCUUACCACCAGAGGCAGUUGCUGCUAAUUCUUUGGGAGUCAUCAUUGUAGCAUUUGGAUUGGUUGUUUUGAAAAUCUUGUCCAAUCAGAUGUGGCAACGUCCUGAGCCUGGCGAUGACGAGGGAGUUUACAGGCCACUUGCUUAUGAUGGAAGCUGAUAUCUCAGAGAUGAAGGUCUGAAAGCAGUGUUUAACUGCAUUCUGGACUCCAAAGAAAUCAAAUGUACGAAAAUAUUAUUACCAUGUCUCUUAUUAUUCUGAGCUUGGAAUACAUUUAAAAAUAAUGUCUUUAAUAUGUGUUGUGCUUAAGAUUUGUGCUCUGCUGCUUUUGCUAUUGGAAAUAGUGCAAAGCACAACGCAAAAUAUCAAAUAUUGACAUUGCUGAAAAUAAGUGUUUUUGCUAAUUUAUUAAUUGUGAAGGUCUCUGUGUAUAAUAAAUGAUUAAAACAU